AUGGCAGCCACCAUGGUCAACCUUUCCCAGAGGCAGAACUCGCCGCAGGACUACCUCUCAUCGCACAAACGCCGCCCACGCCGCCGUCGGGGUGGGCGCGGUGAGCUUGAGCACGAAGCUGCAGGGGUUCGCCCAGAGCUACGCCAACCAGAGGAUCAACGACUGCAAGCUCCAGCACUCGGGCGGGCCGUACGGGGAGAACAUCUUCUGGGGGUCGGGCGGCGCGGACUGAAAGGCGGCGGAUGCGGUGAACGCGUGGGUGGGCGAGAAGAAGGACUACGGCUACCGCUCCAACACCUGCGCCGCGGGGAAGGUGUGCGGGCACUCCACCAUGGGCUGCGCUCGCGUCGUCUGCAACAACAACCGUGGCGUCUUCAUCACCUGCAACUACGAGCCCGCCGGGAAUAUCGUUGGACGAAAACCAUACUAGCUAUGAUAUCUUCGCAGUAA